CAACCGACUGUUCUAAUUCACGACUUGUUGUGAAGUGACACUGAAAAUUGUAAAGCGGAGACAAAUUCGAAGAAAAAUGGAAGGAAACCGAUAACUAGAGCUAAGCCCCGCAUGACGUUCGGUGUGUGUCACGUCCCUCAAUCGAGAGCCAGACAAACAAAAGCUGAACAAGCAGUGAGACAGGAGCAGUUACUGAGGGCUGUCGGAUCGCAACCAACAUGUGUCCUGUGGUUAUUAUUUCAUGGUUGUCUUUCAUCUUCGGGAUUGCAUCGUCCGAAAUCAAACAGAAACUGGUGGUAAUGACUAAAAUAAACAGAGUAGUAAGGAUCGAGCGUGAAGUAUCAAUCGACUUGAAUGUUAACCCCCUACAUUGGUACCGACGGUUACAAGGGGGGGCUCUGCAUCGUGUUUCUUACCUACCAGCUGGGUCUGGCAAACAAGAAAGUGAGACGGGCUUCACGGUGACAAAAACCACCGGCGCAAAUGGCUUUAAAAGUGUACUGACUAUCUCAAAGCCGAAGCUGGACGACACCGGUGAUUACUACUAUGCGUACUGGGAGGUCACUGAAGGUGGCUAUUCAUAUAAAUUAUUCGGACCAGGGACAAAGCUUGUCGUUUCAGACAGGAAGCCCGCCUUUCCGUCUGUGACCCUUUAUCAUAGUCCGAAGAAGAGAGAACUGCUGUGCGUGGCCAGGGACAUGUUUCCGGACGUGCUGAAAAUGACAUGGAAGAAGUGGGACGGUUCAAAAUUGCAGGACGUGAACCAGAAGAUCCCAACCACAAUACAGGAGAUGAAAGGCACCGUGUCCAGCUUGAUUAUAAGUGAAAAAAGUGGGAUGGAGGAGCUAAGGAAGUAUCGCUGUCAAGUGGUACAUGAGGGCAACCCUGAAGCUCAAGAAUACAAAGUGACCAGCACUGAUGCAGGUGGGAUUGAUAAUUCAGGGCCAUCUGUUUCCGACCCAGUAACGUGUGGACCCAAGACAUCCAAUUAUAGUUCUGCUGUUUCAGAUGCCGACCCCAUUACGAAAAGUGAACUCCUCACCAUAUCACUGUCUUACUGCAUGCUCAUACUGAAGAGCCUGACUUACUUCGGGACCAUGUCCGUGGUCAUUUACAAGAGAUCCAGGCAGACUUCAUAGUGUUGGAAACGCAGUCCUGCAGACCGUCGUCAUCAGCGUUGACGAAGAGGAACGUGUUCGCUCCGGAUUGUUGUCGUACUUAACAGCUGGCUUACUUUAUGGCUUUUUUGAUUGCUCUGGAUUUGCAAAUUUUUAAAAAAUAUAUUUCUUUUCAUUUAAUUUAACUUUUUUUAUAUCUGAUUAAUCAAAGUGACUCUUUCAGUGCUUUUUGCAUGCUAUAGGCCUAUUAUACUGUACUGAUUCUAUUUACGUUUCUUUUUGAUGUAUGUUUGUGUACUAACAUAAGUAUAUUUAAAAAUAAAUUGCUCAGAUGGAGGCAUUUGCUCAAAGGAAAUAAAAUAUAUGUAUAUCAGUGA